GUCCGUGUCCUAGCUACCUGUACCUCACCGCAUAUUAUCCAAUUCACGAGAACCCAUACGACCGGCCAUGAAGUUAACGGACGCCGACAGCUUAGUCUACGACCGCCGCAUGUCAACGGUGGUUCCCGGUGCCAUCACCGGGGACGACAAGCUCCGGGACCUGAGCAACGCUGAUGUGGCCAUGAAGCUCCAUUACAUAAGAGGAGUGUACCUUUUCACGAGCGAAGCGGUGGGUGGUAUAAGCAACGGUGACCUGAAGGACACGAUGUUCCCGUUGCUGGAAGCUUACUAUCCCGUCGCCGGCAGGAUCCGGAACUCGCCGGAAGAUGGCCGGCCGUUCAUAAAGUGCAAUGACAGUGGCGUGAGGAUCAUAGAGGCCAAGUGCAGCAAAAGCGUGGAUGAGUGGAUGGUUUUGAUGAGUGAUCCGUCGUCGUCUGAUUCGUACUGUCGACUUCUUUAUCAUGAUCAAGUUCUUGGUCCUGAUUUGGGAUUUUCACCCCUUCUCUUUAUACAGUUUACUUGGUUCAAAUGCGGAGGAGUGUCGGUAGGGUUGAGCUGGGCUCAUGUUCUGGGAGAUGUCUGCUCUGUUUCGGAGUUCUUCAAGAAGUUCGCCCAAGGCCUCGCCGGCCGGCCGAUUCACCCUCUUCAAGUCCCAACUACCGCCCUCUCCCCCACUCUUAAUGGCGACAAGCAGCUCCCUUCCUCUUUCGGAAAGAUUGACCCCCUUGGAGAUCAUUGGAGAAUUACCCACAACUCCAAAAUGGUAACUUGCUCUUUCCAAGUCACUAAUGAGCAGCUCAACCAGCUCAUAUCCAAAUGUUUUGAAGGAUCAAAACAUCCUGCAAUCAAAAUCAUAUCUUCUUUUGAUGUGAUUUCCGCAGUGAUCUGGAAAUCCCUGGCUAAACUUCGUGGAGAAGAUGAACAACAAGAGAGGCUAAAGACUGUGACACUUGUCAGAAACGAUUUCCAUGACAGGGAAAACGAACAGCCCAGCAAUGCACAGCUGAUUAGUGUGAUUAAAGCGGAGAUUCUGAAGGUUGCAGAGGCUGAUCUCCUGGAGCUUGCCAAAUUGAUAGCAGAGAAAGGGGAGGAUGAAACCAGAAUUAUUGAAGAGUUCAAGGAUGUGGGAGAAAAUGGUAAAUCCUCAGAUUUCUUUGUGUAUGGGGCGAAUCUGACAUUUGUGAACUUAGAAGGGGUGAAAGUUUAUGGAUUUGAGAUGAAUGGGAAGAAACCAAUUUAUGCAAACUAUAGCAUUGAUGGGGUAGGUGAGGAAGGGGCUGUUCUGGUGCUGCCAGAGGAUUUGAAUGGUGGAAGAAUUGUGAAUGUGAUUCUUCCUGAACACCUUGUUGGGGAGCUGUCCAUUGAGCUCAGUAUUGAAUGGGGUGUUUUCCAAAAAUGAUUUUAUUUCUACAUGCAUUUCUUUCCGCAAAUUCAGAAUUCAUAAACUUGAAAUUGUAUUUGUGUGGCCAUUGUUAUUCUUUGAUACCAUCAAAAGAUUGGUUUGUCAUUCUCCCUUUAAUGCAUCGAAAUCCAUUAUUGUCAUACUCCAUAAAAAACAAUUGGUACUUGGUAGUCUCAAUUAUUUCAC